UUCAGUUCGACCACAGUUUAGAGCCAUCGGUUCAUUAGGAUAUUUGAAAUUUUUGCGAUUUCUCUAGCAACCAAAAUCAUCAUGAUUUCUUCAUCAAAAUAUUUAAUUUUUUCCAUAUUUUUCGUCUGUAUUUUCAACGGUGCAUUGUGUAGGUUCGGAAAUACCUAUUUACACAUGCAAUGUUCAAAAUUCGUUGAGCCAAUAAAUCCGAAGCUCGAGUGUAAAUACGGCUACGAAAGGAACAUUUGCAAUAAGACGAGUUGUUUGAAAGGUCCGGACGAGGUGUGCCAAGAGGAAUGGGGCACGAUUAGUGAACGCUGUGCUGGUACAAUGAUGUGCUGCGGUAUCUGUGUUGGAUGCCAUGAUAAUAAAUGUUCAAGUCUAGUGUGCGAUAGCAAUUUGAUUGCUGCAAAACGUACACCAUCCAAACCAUUGUGGAUUACGGACUAUUAUCAACAGCGAAUGAGUGAGAAACGGCGAUUGCAGCAAAUUCAGCAGCAGCAGCAACAACAACAACAACAAGAAGAGGAACGUCAACGAAUGCAGUUGAUGGCAUCACCAAGAGAUUUUCUCAACUUGAAAAGUUCGGUUGACCGUUAUCCAUACUACCCAUUUACAAAUAAUUUUGAAUACUCAAACAACGAUGACUAGAAUAUGUAGCAGAGCAACGUCUGUGCUUUUUUUUUCAAUACCUCAAUGUGAUCUCAUACUUACAUUUUAAACCAAACUUUUUAAAAUAUAUCCCAACAACAUUUUGUAAUCUCUAAAUACGAAUUAUCAUUGAAGUUCAGUGUUUCAAG